AUGUCUCAGAACAGAGUUGGUCCUGCUACAUAUUCCAGUACUCCAGUUGGAAGCAGCGCAACAACGACCAGUACCGAUUCAACAGCCCUGUGCAGAGUUUGCUUAGACGAUAGUCAGGAAGUAUCCAAGCUCAUAUGUCCAUGCAAUUGCAAAGGAACAGUGGCAAGAAUCCAUUCGGCUUGUCUUGAAAAGUGGGUUGAAGUCACACAUAACACAAACUGUCAAAUCUGUGGAAUCGACUAUGAGCUGGAGUCCUGUGGCUGGAAGAAAAUCACCGAAUGGAGCUGUCCGCGUCCUCUGUCGAACGAAUGGGAAGACGUCCUAGAUUUUCGUUGCUGUAUUGCUUGGAUCAUUUACUUUAGCAGAUUCAUCUAUAUGAAUAUUGUCCACGGUGCUAAAGAGACGAAUCGUCAGAUUUCUGAAGCGAUCGGCGAUGGUACGUUCGCCAAAUGUUGGUGGUUUGCGUUCUGGAUGAAUGUCGUCUAUUAUGGAUCGAUAACUAUACUUCUGACGGAUCAAUGGAUUACUGAAAACCGUGUCUACAGAUUUCGGGAUCGUCGCCCACGAAAACACCGUUAG